AUGUCCCCCCCACAAACAUUCUCCUCCCUCCCACCCUCCCUAACCUUCAUAGGCAAACUGCACCUCCUGCGCACGACCUCGACGCCCUUCUACCUCGAAGAUCUCUACGCCGAAUACGUGAAUUUCCUGCUCACGAACGGGCUCUCACCAACCGAGAUCGCGGGCUUCAUCGUGCAGGUGGGGGAGCUGACGAGCAAGAAGGCGUUGGUGGAGAUUGGGAGGGGCGUGGUGAAGUUUAGUGAGGAGAGUGCUAGGGUUAGGGGGUUGGAGGGGGAGGAGGAGGAGGGGCGCGAGGCACACCUCUACAAAUAA